GAGGGAUAGGAGUACAGUAUUACUGUCCACAGAUCUAUAACCAGAUAAAAUUUGAAAUAUAAAAAGCAAUUAUCAAAAGCAUACGAAAUCACGGACAAAUUUAAGGUAGACAUACUCAUUAAAACUACAACGAGAUCGUCGAGAUAGGAGGCACCGAGGCAGUUACAGAGUAUAACGUUUUCUGCUACUACUACUAGGCUGCAAACGUCAAAGUUUGACACGUUGGUAUUCGUUACAACGAUCAACAAUGGAAACUAAUGGUGUGAAUCAUUCCUCUGAGAAGGGUGCUCUUCUUUACAAGUAUUCCAGUGCUGACUUUGCUUAUACAGCUAGCAGCUGCCACAAUAAUGGUAAGAAAUCUAGUUUUGACUCAAUCUUGACUACUAAAUGGGAAGAAGCAAGUGAUGCUGGUGUGUUUAACUACAAAAUAGAUGAUGUACAAACCAAGAUUGUACCAGGGAAAUACAACAUAGUUUCUCAGCUAAAUGCAAAUCGUUCAAAAUUAAGGAGACGGCCAGAAGACUUUCGCAAAAUUCAAGAGCCUUGUGACCCAAAGAGAUUUAAUUUUACCAAAAUAAAGCCACAGGAAGUUUUAGUGGAGAUGCAGUACUGUGAGACAUGCAUCAAGGAUCUUCAGUCAGAAAAGUGUGAACAUGAAAACUGUUUACAUGGGAGCUUGAUUAUCAAUGCAGCUCCGAUUUGUUUCAGCCAUAGCUUGAUAGUACCUUAUCUUGAUCAGCUUCGGCCUCAGGUUACAGAGGAGGAAGGGUUGACAUUAGCUCUGCAUACUGUUCUUUUGGCUCAGUCCUCAGACUUUCGUGUUGGUUUCAAUUCUUUAACGGCAUAUGCAUCUGUUAAUCACCUUCACUUCCACAUGUAUUAUUUGCCUCAUCAUCUCUAUUUGGAAACUGCUGAAUGCACGAACUUAGCCGGUCCUUGUUAUGUCUUCAAAGAUUAUUUUGCUCCAGGAUUUGUAUUUCAGUUAGAGGAUGGAGAUGUUAAGAAACUUGUAGGAUGUGUAAUGACAGUAGUUAAGAUGUUUAUGGAAGAAGAAAUUUCGCAUAACAUCUUCAUCACUAGAGGAGCUCCACUGACAGGUGCAACAUCGUCCCCCGACUCUUAUACUACAAUAAGAGUGGUAAUCUGGGGCAGGAAGCCAUCCUAUGGUAUUAAAGAUGUAUCUAAAUUUGCAGUGGCUUUAUGUGAACUAGCAGGCCAUGUACCCUUUUAUUCUGAGGAGAAAUGGCCAACUGUAACUGAAGAUGAAUUAGUUCCUGCUAUAAAAGAUAUUUGUUCUGACACAUAUGAGUAUUUGCUACCUAAAGUUAAAAAAUUGUUUAGCUAAGCUUAUUGUCAUUGCUGGUAUAGUAAAUUAUGUUGUAUUUGUAUUUUUAAGGGUUAUAUGCAUUUGUUUUUCACAUAUGGUCUAAAAACUUAGAAUGGUUUUUUAUCCCAAUUGAAUGUCUUAGUUGCUUUUGUGAUUUUUGCUUCCAGAGAUCUACAGUAACUUUCAAUAACUUUUUUAUGUGGAGGAAUACUCAAAUUUUAAGUUGCUAUUCUUGUCACAUCAGAGGGAGAUAAGAGUUGUAAGAUGCAGAGUAGGUUUUUAAGAGAAGGCUGUUUAUCUCUUCCAUGUCUCAUAAAUAAACAAACAAUUCCCUUACACAGGCUCCAAAUAAACUAAUCAUGUGCUGGAUCUGGUUGUAUUUUUUAAGUUUUUUUUAAAUGUGUUGGCAUAGAGAUUUUGCUGUGGUUUAUAUAAAAUUAAUUUGAAUGUUAAGUAGAGUUAUUUCUUUAACUUCAGGAAUUAUUUGUAAUGUGGGCGUUUUUUUCAAUAUUUAAGGUAACAUUUAGUACAGUAAUUUUUGGCUUUGUUACAAGUUUCUAGAGUUAGAUGUACUAUCACAGAAUGCACAUUUUAGUGCAGGUCAACCAUUACUGUUCCAGCAUUAUUGGGACCUGCAGGGCACCAGAUUAGUUAUUUUCUAGUAUUACAGACUGGUUAGGUUAGAAUACACUUAACCCAAUAGUUAACCACCUCAGCCCACUGUUAAAAUACCCUGUAAAUCAGUACAAGUUGGUUAAUAAGGAAGAAAGAAAUAUGAAAUGAAAAUCAUUUGAAAUUUUAAUGAAGCGCAUGCAAAAUAGAUAUUACAAGUAAGUCUGUUGACUUACACAAGAAGAAAGUUCAUCAUUGCCACUUUCAAGGUGAUGAGCUAGAAUUUACAACUAAGCAUAUUUACAUAUUUGGUGAACGGCUGUCAGAAUUCUCAUUUUCUUAAUCUUGGAUUUUCAUAUAUACUUUAUACUAUUCUAUUUUAUAUUUUUACUAUAUUUUAUCAUUUUUUAUUUUUACAACCCAAAAGAUAACCGCAAUCAUGUGAGUAGGGUGCUUUAUGAAUUUGUAAACUCAAUUGCUGGCAUCUGAGAACUGGCUACAGCUUGUUUUAGUUCAUGUUGUCAUGCUUAUGAAUUAUUUUUAUUAAUAUUUUAUGACACUCUUAGCUAUACUUUUACUUCAUUUUAUCCUUUUUUAUUGUUAAAAUUCAAAAAAUAAAUGUAGUUGUGUGUGUAGGUAUGCAUAAAGACACAAACUCAUUCGAUGGCAUCGGAAAACUUGCUAUAGCUUGUUUUGUUACUUGUUAUGCUUAUGAGUUUUUAUUUAUAUUUCACGCUCUUUUCAUUUGUAUUUUUACCAUAUAUUUUUUUUUUCUCUCGACAACCCGAACAAUAAACGUAAUCGUGUGCCUGGUGUACUUACGAACAUGCAAACUCAUUCAUUUGCAUUGGAUAACUCCCUACAGCUUGUUUUUGGUUGGUAUUGUCUGCUUGUGAUGUUUUUAUUUAUAUUUUACCCUAUUCUCUUUAUGUUUUUAGUCUAUUUUCUCAUUUUUAUUUUUAAAACUCGAAAGAUAAACAGUCACGUGUGUAGGUUACGUACAAAUGCACAAAGUCAUUCUCUGGCGUCGGAGAACUUGCCAUAGUUUGUUUUAGUUCAUAUUGUUAAGUUUAUGAUUCUUUACAUUAAUAUAUUAUACUAUUAUCAUUAAUAUUUUUACUGUAUUUUAUCAGUAUUGUUUUUACAACCCAAAGGAUAAACGCAAUCCUGUGAGUAGGGUACAUACACACAAACUCAUUUGGUGGCAUUGGAAAACUUCCUGCAGCUUUUGUUUUGUGUAGCUCUACUUAUGAUUUUCUUUUUUAUAUUUUAUGCAAUUCUUAUUUAUAAUUUUUUAUUGCAUCUGCUAAUUUUUUACAACCCAAACGAUAAACACAAUUGUUUACGUAGGGAUCACCAAGAAAUAGUGGUGGCAUGUUGGUGCGGUGACCCAGAAAAUUUGAAAUUGCGCUAGUGAUGAACUGGAUUAGUAAUGGUCGACCUGUAUCUAACUUUUUUUUAGAUAUUUUGAGGUAAUGUUGCUGGAGAUUGCACCAUGAAAAGAUUCUGAAUUACUUUAUUGAUUACAGGCAGUCCCCAGCCAUUGGCGGUCUCAGUAAUGACGAUCCAGUUUUAUGGGACUUGUCUAGCUCCAUAAAAUUGGUGAUUCAGGCACCAUAAAGGGCCAAGUUCCAGUUAUCAGUGCCAUAAGGAUGCUUAUGGUGUGCCAUAAGAAUGCUUAUGGUGUGCCAUAAGGAUGCUUAUGGUAUGCCAUAAGGAUGCUUUUGUCAGAUUUUGGUUAAUGGCGGUUUUUGCUUAUCAGUACACCCCAGAGAAUGGAACCCCCACCGAUAACCUGGGACUGCCUGUAAAUUAUUUCUUUGGUUGUGAAUGUGAAUGUUCUUCAUCCCUUACUGUGAAACAAAGGGAAUAUUUAUAUUCUGUCGUCCUUAAAGAUGGCUCCUCGUUGGACGAGUAGUUGCAUGCUUGCCUACUGAUUUGGUAGCAGAAGUUCGCACCCGCUCUGCUAACGUGGAAUCAGAGGAAUCUAUUUCUGGUGAUUAGAAAUUAAUUUCUCAAUGUUAUGUGGUUCGGAUCCCACAGUAAGCUGUAAGUCCUGUUGGUAAGUAACCAGUUGGUUCCUAGCCACGUAAAAAUAUCUACCUAAUCCUUUGGGCCAGCCCUAGGAGAGCUGGUUAUCAGCUCAGUGAUCUGGUUAAACUAAGAAAUACUAAACAUCCUUUAAGAUAUAGAUGAGUCCUUUGAUGGUGUAGAAUGGUAAAGUUGAUGCUAUUUCCAACAUGGGAUUAUUGCCAUUCUGUACUCAAGAAGUCUAAAUUUUUUUUACAUAAAUAGUGGAAGGUCAUUUUAAUGUUUUUUCAUGUGUUGUAGUUUGUGAUUUAUUUAUUUAAAUUAUUUAAUUCUGUUAAUAUUAGAAUUGUUACAAAAUAGUGCUACGUACUAUAUUUUGUGUUUUCACUGACUAAAGUUUGUGAUUUACAUUGGAUUUAUAAUUCUGUUGACAUUAGAUAUUUUAAAAUCUUCAUACAAAAUACUGUAUACAUAGCAGUAACUGCUCAUGUGAUUGUUUAAUGCCUGUCUUUCCAUGUAUGAUAUUAACAUACUCAUAUUCAUAUUGUGGUAAGAAAAUAUGUCUGAUAUUAAAAAAUAGAUAUACCAUUUAUAAUUUAAUUAGUAUUCCAGUAGGGAUGAUGUUAAAUAACUAUAAGAUAUGGGGAUCAAGUGAAGGCAGUACUUAUGCUGUACAUUUUGAAUUUUAUUUUUGUAGGAUCUUUAGUGCUUCAUUCCUUUCCUGCAGUUGCAUUUUUUAUGUGAAAUAGAAACUACGUAUUCAAUCAGAACUGUUAAAAAAAUUGUUGAAUAGAUGAUGUUCUCCAGCUUCCAGACUUUAAUUUCUUACAUAUUUAUAAAUUAGUUACCUAUGUCUUGAGUUGUUGGAUUUUAGGAAAGACAUUAAUUUGUGUGUGUUUGUAUGGUGAAUUAGGCUUAUAUUUAUUAUUAAAUAAAACUCUACAACACUAACUGCACUACUGAAUGGAAAAUUGUUAUUUCUGGGCUUGGCCGUGUCGCUCCAUGAAAUAGGUUCCUUUAGCACUAUUUCUAAGGUCUCUCUCUGCAAGCUGCAAUGAGAGAUGAGCCUAUGCCACAGCUCCGGGAGAUGGAAUCAACACCUCUGCUACUUCCUGGAACAGAUGACCUAUGGGUAGACUUACCAGCAACCUUCUCAGUAGUGGUUUCACUCGCCCCAGAAACCAUACCGACACCUUUUAAUAAAGGUGAGUGAGCCAGAAUAUUCUGGCAUUUCCAAUUUAGCGGUUCUCUGGUAUUAUAACAAUAUUUUACUUUAGAAAUAGUGCUAAAGGAACCUAUUUCACUGGGCGACACGGGCCCUUCGCCCAGAAAUAGAUUUUUCCUACGUCAAAAUCCCUUUUUUAUUAUUAUUAUUAUUAUUAUUAUUAUUAUUAUUAUUAUUAUUAUUAUUAUUAUUAUUUGUGAUUGAGUGCUGUAGUUUAACAAGACCACAAUGACAUUUAUAAACAGUUCAACUGAAAGAUCUAUUCUUCAGGGAGCAAUGUAAAGUAAAAGAAGUUCAGAUAGACUGGAAAAGACCAGAGGUAACAAAUGAAAAGUAAAGCCAUAAAACAAUGCUGUGAGGUUAAAGGGAUUAUACAAGGAACUGGUAAGGCUAAAAUUGUGUCAUGCAAAGCAAAGAGUAGAUAGUACUACACAUAACAGUGCUGGAUGUUUCAAGGCUGGGUUUUCUCAGCCUUAGAACAAGUGACACAGUCUUAGACUCACUUUUGUGUUGUAUAACCUUCGGAAUUUGGCUUAAGAACAUUUUGAAAUCACUGUAUGUGUGUAUUUCAUGCAUAUAAAUGUUAAGGAAUGAGAACUUAAUUUACCUGGCAGGACACAACUGUAAAUAGUUUCCAGUUGCCACAGUUUGUCUCUACCAUUGCAUGAAGAUUACGGCAUGCACUGUGUGUGCCUUUAUAUAGGGUUUUUAGGGUAUUGGUUGUGCAUGGCAUAAGCGUUACUAAUCCAUUAUAUUCAAUAUGAUAAGCACAUGUUACUUUUUGUUUUUAAAGCCAUUUUUUUUAGUACAUUCAUAAACUGUUCAACAGUAUCAGGAACAAUUCACUUUUGAGUUUUUUGCUUUGAACUUUUAGUCACCAUUAUUUUGCAUAGUGUACUUAAAGGUCGCACCAACAGCUGAAUUUCUAGGUAUUAUAAAAUUUUAGUUAUUAACAGUUUUUAUAUUAAUAUAAACAUAUCCUGAAGCGAUAAUGCUAAAAAAAAUUUCUAUAGUGGUUUAUUGACAAAUUUUGUUUAUUGCUUGUAUAACACUGUGGACCACAAAUUUUGAAAAAGACUUGUAAAAAACAUCUGUAUGAAUAAUUCAGGAUAGGUCCAAUUGAGUUAUGGAUUGUUUUUGACAGUUUCAUACAUAAAUUAACAUAUCUAGAAUUGUUAUUGCUAAAAAGAAUGUUUAUAUUGGUUCGUGGAAAAUUUUGUUCAUCGAUUGUACAGCACUGUGAAUGACAGAUUGUAAAAAUGAAUGAUUUUAGAUUGUAUAUCAGGUUUGAGUUAUACACUGUUUUGGACUGUUUUACAAUAAAUAAACAUGUCUAGAAAUGUUAUUGCUAAAACAGAAUGUUUAGAUUGGUUCGUGGACAACUUUGUUCAACAUUUUUAUGGCACUGUGAACAACAAAUUGCAAAAUAAAUGCAUGGAAAACGAAUGUGAUAAAUAAGAUUUAUUAAAAAAUAAUUGUUCCCAUGAAAAUAUCCCAUUUUAUCUAACGUUAGCAUAAUAGAGACAAUGGCUUAUACGGAUAUGUGAUCUAAGUUUUUGUUAUUUUCUCUCAUGUUUGAGUCCAGCAAUAUUGCUCUUUUGCUACUUCGUGAAAAGUUACUUUUUUUUCAAAACCAAAUGCUUCGAUCUCCAAGAAGACUGAAACUAGACUUGUGUUUAUUCAUUAUUUGUAGAAUCAGUGUUAAAAGUUACAAGGAAAUAACCUUUGAUCAUUAAUUAGAAAGUCAUUUACUUUAUAGAAUGGGGUCUUGUGACAUCAGCGUUCCCCAUAAAUGCAAAUUUUAGAUGAUAUGUAAAUCAAGAGAGAGGGCUAACCCUGAUAAUUUUUUAGUGGGUGGGCACUUGACUUAUUUUUUUCACUUAGUCAUUCCAUUAAAGUAUCAUAUUUGUAUACUGUACACUUAUUUCAGCUCUAUGAAUAAUUUAUCAAUAAUUGUCCAUACACAAUGAAAAUUUUGUUUAAUAAAACACUUUUUAUGUCAGUUUUAGUGAAUAUUUAUUUUAGCUACAGUAACAAAUAGUUUUACAAAUUCUGUUUCUUUCAAGAAGUAGUAGUGUAUUUAUAUUUAAAUCACCUACAGACCUUUUGGGCAAAAUUGAUAUAGUAUAUGAGCAAUUUAUUUUUUGUAGUGGGUAAUUGCCCACCCAGUUAACAUGUUUUGUAUAGGCCUGAAGAGAGAGCAUACUUCUAUUCAUUUGAUUAUUAUUAUAAAUAUCAGGGCAUAUUUCUUUUAUGAUGAAGUAGUUUUAGUGCAAAAGUCAGUUUUCUAACUCAUAGUUUCACAGUUAUUGUAAAUAAGCUAUAAUUUUUUUCUUUUGCUGUUUUCUGAAAACUUACUUUUUUCAAAAAUGAAUGCUUUAGUCUCCAUGACUUUUUUCAAAAAUGAAUGCUUCAAUCUCCAAGAUGGCUUAACAAAAUUCAAUGAAACUUUUACAGCUUGUACAAUAGCUAUAUGUAUAUUUAUAAUUACAAGUGGGGAAAAUUAUUUUUGAGUGCAACUGUUUUUUUGCCAUAUUAUUUUCAAAAUGUUUUUUACAACCGCAAAAUUUAUAAACUUAGAGGUUGAAUACGUAUCUAUAUUUCUCGGUAUGUAUUAGCUAUACUAUAUUAAGUGGUAAAGAUUACAAGCAAAUCCUUUCAGUCAUGAAGUAGAAUUAAGCAUUUCUGUAUAAUGGGGCCUUAUGGCGUCCGCACACCCCUUAAAGCUAUAUCUCUUAGUGCCAGAAAGAUAAUUACAAAUCAUAUUCAGAUAUAACAGUUCUAUAAUGGCAUAUGGAAAUUGUAGUCUGUUUUGAAAACUUGAUUUUUAAAAAUCCCAAAGAUGAAAAUGUCACACCCCAACUAAAGUACCAACAAUUACCAACUCAUAUGCUUAUAUUUUUCAUACACAGAGUGGUAUACUUUAAUCUCUUUAUCUUCGUAUUAUCCCUCUUUGUUGGUAGUCAGUAUAGGCAAUCCUAGCUUAUCAGUGGCGUCGGUUAAUGGCGUUCAGGUUUUAUGGCGCUUGGCUAACAAAGUUGUUAACCCGAUUUUCAGCAGCAGUAAGUGAUUUUCGGCAUUGCUAAGCAGUGUAUCGGCAUCUGUAAGCAGUUUAUUGGUGUUGGUAAGCAGUUUACUGGAGUUCUUAAGUGAUUUAUCAGUGUCUUUAAGCAGUUUAUCAGUGUUAUUAAGCGGUUUGUCGGUGCUGAUAAGUGGUUAACGAUAGUGGUUAGUUGGUACUUACGACUUUGUAAACACAACUGGGGACUGGGGACUGCCUGUAUCUUGGUAUAAGUUUGGAAAGUAGAUAAGAUGAAAGAAAUAAAAAACCUCAUUCCUACUAAUUUAGCAUGAUUCAUACUGCUAUCUUGGAUCUACCCAUUUAACUUUUAAGACUUUGUAAUAGGAAUGUAAGGUGUUAAGCAUUUUGUUAAAUCAUUAACUAUGUAAACCAUAAGUUGUUGCUUCUCAAAGACCGUUCAUUAUAAUGCAGUGUUGUGUUAAAAGCCCCUCUAAUUAAUUAUACAUCCUUAAAGGCCAUUAUAAAUAUUUGUGUAGCAUUGCUACACACAGAUUCUGUUUGAGAAAAAUUUUCUCAAGAAUAUCACCUGCCUAUACAAGACAAAAGCAUCCAGGAAAACAAGAGAAAAAACCUACUGAAUUGUUAUUUUCAUAUUUGUUGAUAGCUACACGUUGAAACAGAAAUAUUCACUAAACCUUUACUUGUCAGUUCUGCGUCUCAUAGCACCCUUUCUGAGAUCUUAAUAUUGAUAUCAGACCUUGACAUUGUUAAAGAAAAGCUUUCAAUCAUCAGUCCAUUUCUCACAGGUAAUAAAAUAAGCAGAAAAUAUAAUACAUGUACUGUUGUUCCAUUGAGAAAGAAUUUUUUUUAUACAUGUAAUAUAUCAUCAACAGAACAGUACAGUACAGUACAUAUAAGCAUUCCCAUCCAUUAAUGUUAAUUGCUAAAUACCACAUUGAAAAGAUAUACAUAUUUUAUUUUAUUAUUGUAUUCUGAUUUUUCUAUGGGUGAUGGAAUUCCACAAACAAAAAUAUAAUUCAAAUGUUUACUGUCAAGUUAAAUACUCUUUAUUGAAAUACUUUUAGUUCCUUUAGCUAAUUUUCUGAAAAUCUUACACUGAUUUACAAUUAUUCACAUCAAGAAUGUUGUGCCAAACAUUAACAUGGUUUUACAGAGUGAAGCCAUUCAUAAAAUACAGUACUACAUUACGUGUAUUUAUUACAAAUUUUACAAGUACAUAAUUAUCCUGAGUGUCAUUGUUAUGAUAGGGGUCAACAAUCCCAGUGAGCAACAAAUAAAAAUGAUAACGGUAUUCUUUUAUUUAUAACAUUGCUCUUUUACAAAAAACUGAGGCUGGUGCUUGGCAGUUAUUUGGUAAACUGACUAUCUUAGAUACAGUAUAUUUUGAACUUAAUUUUGUCAGUCUGGUAGAAUGUUAAAAUCCACUAUAAAGUAUAGGAACUGAAGGAUAGCUGUAUCAAGUGAAAAUUAAGUAUGUAUGCUAGUUUAGGAAUAUGUUUUAUGAUUUACAUUGUCGUAUUGUGACUUCAACAUGUUAAAUUCUUAUAGACUAUCACCAUGCAAUUAUAAACUAAAGUAAAAUUUUUACAAUGAUGUCAGACAAAUGUUGCAUCUGAUGUGUCCAUUUCCAAUCAGCCCACAGUAUGCAUUUGGGAUAUGUGCCAUCAAAGCUAGUCAUGUACCCAAAAAGCAUAAAAUCAACAGCAUUCAACAUUUAAAUUGCAGUAAAGGGUUACUAUCCAAGUGAUCAUAAGCCUCCUUGCCUCAGCCUGUAUCAAUAUUUUGGGUUCAUUUACAGUUGAAUACUGUACCCACUGUUCCAUGUGGAAAAUUCAACAAAAUGUGCAUAUGUAAUGAAAUUAAAUCAGUAAGACACAAAUGAAUCUAAAAAUAUACUGAUAUUCAAAAUGUAUUGUACUCACCAUAAUUUUUUUAAAGUUUAGGCAAAGUUGUGUACAAUUUCCCCAGACCCUUAUGCCACUCUACCCCUAGGAGGUUUUUAAACUGUUCAGUGCCUGGUAAGAGCUUCCAGCAUCAGUGGUAAGGAACUUUUUUUCUUCUCAGCAGUUUCCUUACCCAGAUUCAUUGCAUCAUGUGUUAAGGUCCUUAAUGUUCAGUCUUAUUAACUUCAUGAUCACAUUAAUACAUCCAUUUAUGCAAUUCAUAUUUACUAAAAAAAAAAAAUUAAAUUUGUCCACCACACAUUCAGUCAUUCAACAAUCUUAGUGAAGGUUUAAGAAUCCAAAAGAAAAAGUCUGUUAGAUAUCAUUGCAGUCACACAAUGCUGACAGAAGGCAUGCGUGCAUGAAGCAGAGUUUACAAGCAGAAACUGUUCUUUGAAACACUUUUGAAAUAGAUAUAUUCCUAUGCAGCUUGCUAUGGGUGUUUUUUACAAAUUCAGCAUUCAUAGGUUGUCAAAUGAGUCUAUACAGACUAUCCCUGGUUAUCGGUGGACUUGGUUUUAUGGUGCUUGUCUAGCAUCAUAAAAUCGGCGAUUUAUGGAGCCAUAACGGGACGAGUUUCGGUUAUCGACACCAUAAGGAUGGCGCGCCACAAAGGUGCUUAUGGCACCAUAAAUCAAGAGUUUCAGUUAAUGGCAGUUUUCGCUUAUCAGCACACCCCCGGGAACAGAACCCCCGCUGAUAAUCAGGGACUGCUUGUAGUUGUAACAGAAAUGAAAUUUAAUAAUUACUAUGGCCUUAAAGAGUGAGUACGUAUACUAUAUAAGUAGUAAAGGUCAUAUGAAUGUGUGUACUUAAGGGUGAAUGUAAUUAAUUUCUUGGCAUUUUUUGUGAUAGUAAGAUAUGUUGUGCUUGAAUUAUUUGAAAUCUGUUCUCAGAUUUUAUAAUAGUAUUAAUUGGUUCUAAAGCACUGAAAAUAGGUUCAAACACUAUUGAUCUUAGUGUAUGCCUUACAGAGGAAAACAAGCACUAUUCAUCCUCUUAUUUGUGAUCCGUUGUACGUAAUUGUAAUAUAGAUUUAGAUGCCACUGCUGUCAUAACUAAAAUACCCCUUCAGUAUUAUUUUUCACAAAAUGUAAGAUUAUAUAAUUGUUAUUUUGGGUUGUGAAUUAUUCUUGGCACUUCCUGUAAUAGUAAGAUAUUGUAAAAGCACUGAAAAUAGUUUAUAACCCUAUGGAGUUUUGUGUAUAACUUAUGGAGAAAAACAUGCACUUCUCAUCCUCUGUUCUUAGUGAUCUGUUGUACAGUAUGUAUCAUAAUUGUAACAUGGAUAGGGAAGGGAUAACUGCCUUUUCAUACAGUAUGCAGAGGCAAUUCUGUCAUAACAAAAAUGCUCCUUUAUUAUUAUUUUUUUUACAAAGUUUAAUAUUGUAUGAUUACUAUUUUUGAUUAUUAUUGUCCAGUUCUAAAAUUAUGCCUAUAUUUUUAUUAUGACUUGGCUAUUUUUAUAGUGAGAAAAGAUUAUAUUUUAAUUGUUUUAAUAUCUGCUGGGUAGUUUUUAAGGAACUUAAAUUGUAAUAGUAGUUGGUUUCAUUUCAUCUGUACAUGGGUGAAGAUGUGGCACAUGUGCGUGGGUAGCACAUGAUUAGGUAAAAAUUAACGCUUUCAAUAUUGUUGGCUAAUAAUUAUUAAACAAUAGCAUAUUUCAAUUUUCAUAUAUACCCGUACAAAGAAUGCCUUUUCUUAUACGUAUAUAGAUAUUAAAGAUGUUGAUUUAUAUUGAUAAUAAUAUACCAAUAUGUCCAACUACAUGAAUGACAAGCUUAUAGUAUCAAAUUGUUUACUCAAAUUAAACACAAAUGGUGAGCUUUCAAUAACUACGAUUUAUCUCAUUAGUAUAGCCUAGACUACACCUAAACCCAUCCUAACAAACUGUUCAGAUCAGAAGAGUUUCUUAUUUAAAAUUUAUUCUAUGUUCAGUCAGCCAACAAAGAAUUGGCAUAGUUUCUUAAUUCAUUGUUUGUUAUGGAAAUAUUGCCAUAUGCAACUUAUUUACUUAUCAAUAAAUAUUUCCAUUCAAAGAUGUUAUAUUUGAAAUAAGUUAAAUUGGCAUUGAAUAGAUUUAUUCAGUGUAUCAAAAAUAAUUAUUUUUCAAAGUAAGAAAAAUAUAUACCCAUGAGUACAUGAAUUCUAAUUUUAUUCUCAACUAAAGCUUUGUGACAGAAUAAGCAUUUGGAAGUUGGCUUUGCUGCUGCUAGAGUCUUGACCUUGACCCAACAUAUUGUACAAUAGUACUACUGGGGUGUCGUCAGUUCGUCACUUAAUACAGCUGAUAAACAAUACAUUAGGCCCAUCGAUAUUCUCAAUUAGCAAAGUGUAAUUCAGUUAGUUUUGUCCUUAGAUCAAUAAAAUAAUUUGCAUGGCACAUUUAGUAGGCCUAAAUUUGACUUCUGAUUUUGACAUCUGAUUAGCCUAGGUCUAUUUUCAGCAGUGCACUCUCUAAUGCAUAAUGUAAAUGAAUGUUUAAAUUGACAAUAUAUAUACGUAUAGUAUUAAUAUCUGUAUUAAUCUGCUUUAUUUGAUUUUAUCCCCAUUAUUCUUUUUUACUGUCCUUUUUCUCCUUUUUAUAUCCUUUUCAUUGUUGCUUAACAUAAUUUACUCAGACCUAGUUAUUAGGUUAACAAAAAAAUUAUGAAACUGCUAAUUCUAAUUUGGUACAGUUUCGUACAUGUUUAUAAAAAUGACUUUAUGAUACCUUAGUAAUAACUAUUUCUGUAAAAUGGAAAAUAAGCUUUAAUAUUGUUUACUGCCAGAACAUAAAGCAUAGACCAAUGAAGCUAGGCUUUUGCUGCUGAUUUAACAAAUAUGUUAUUUUACCGACCUCCUUUUAUGCACACAUUCCUUCCCUUUCAGUCAGAAUUACUCCUUUUAUUGUAAACUUUAUUUGUUCAUUCUAAGUAUUUUUCCUGUGAUCUACAGUACCUCGUUGGAUGAGUCUGUAAUGUCCUCGACUACCGAUCUCAGUGUCUGGGUUCAAUUCCCCGUUUUGCCAACAAGGAAUCAGAGGAAUUUAUUACCGGUGAUAGAAAUACAUUUCUCAAUGUGGUUUGGAUCCCACAAUAAGCUGUAGGUCCUAUUGCUAAGUAACAAAUUGGUUCCUAGCCAUGUAAAAAUAUCUAAUCCUUUGGGCCAGUCGUAGGAGAGCUGUUAAUCAGCUCAGUGGUCUGGUAAAACUAAGAUAUAGCUAAGUUCCUGUGACCUACAAUGAAAAAAUGUGUAUGUCUAAGCUAGCCUCAUAGACAGUAUUUCAUGUUAUUUUUAAUAUUAACCAACUUAUGUAAUUUCCAUGCAAGAAAUUAGUGAAAUACCUUUAAUUCACACACAUAUUCAGAUUUCUUUUUACUUACCUGCAAUGAGAUAAGCAACGGUUAUUUAAAGCCCAUCGUUUGUUUGUGUUUGACCAGAGUAGACUGUUUGCAGUCAUGUGACUGUUGGAAGCUCAUCAUUAUAUUAUGCUUGUACUGUUGUGUUAUCAAUAUCAAUAUAAAUCAGCAUUUUUAUGAUCUAGCUAAGGUGUGAGGGCUCUUUGUAAAUAUAAACUUUCAAAUGUAUGUAUUACUGAAGAAAUUAGUUUGC